CACUGCAGGCCGCCAUUAUUAGUAGUUGGUGACACUUCAUACAAACAUCAUCCAACAAUGGCUUCUACUGCAACAUCCCCGGCCGUCUUCAACUUCUACUUUAUUAUCACUUUUGGAUACUUUUCUUCCAUUUCUCUGGCUGAUUCAUCAAGCACCUUCCCUGCAGAAGCCUUACCUACCAAAUCCGGCUACCUCACGGUGAACUCAACCACCGGCUCCGCCAUUUUCUACACCUUCUACGAAGCACAGAACCCGAUCUCCACUCCCGCGCACACUCCGAUUCUCGUUUGGCUCCAAGGCGGCCCCGGCUGCUCGUCCAUGAUCGGAAACUUCUACGAGCUUGGUCCCUGGCGGGUGUCUUCUUCCGGCGGAAAACAGAUCUCGCUAGUUUCCAAUCCCGGCGCCUGGAAUCGGAAAUUCGGCCUCCUCUUUCUCGAUAACCCAAUCGGAGUAGGGUUUAGUAUAUCGUCUACUCCGGAAGAGAUCCCCAGGAACCAACGCGAUGUGGCGAGGCAUCUCUUCAUCGCGAUCAGAAAGUUCAUAGCUCUGGAUGCCGAUUCAUUCAAGUCACGUCCGAUCUACAUCACCGGAGAGAGUUAUGCCGGAAAAUAUGUCCCGGCGAUCGGGUAUUACAUCCUGAAAGUGAACGCUCACUUGCGGCAGUCGAGCAGGGUAAAUCUGGCCGGCGUCGCCAUAGGGAAUGGGCUGACUCACCCGGUGGCCCAAGUUGCCACCCAUGCCAUCAAUGCCUAUAACUUGGGGUUAAUCAACGACCACCAAAAGGCCCAAUUGGAGGAACUCCAAGAAGUUGCGAUUAGCCUUACUGAACAGGAGAAUUGGAGUGAGGCCACGAGGGCGAGGUCCCUUGUCUUGGACACGCUGCAAAACAUGACCGGACUGGCAACUCUGAUGGACUUCAGGAGGCAAAUGCCAUAUGAGGACGCGUUGGUGGCGGAUUUCUUGAACAACAAUGAGAUCAAAAGGGUAUUAAAAGCAAAGGAAGCCAUCAAGUUCGAGACUUGCGGUGAUUUGGUGGGAAAGGUUCUGGGGCCGGACGUGAUGAAGAGUGUGAAGUAUAUGGUGGAGUUCUUGGUGAAGAACACCAAGGUGUUGUUGUACCAAGGACAGUGUGACUUGAAGGACGGCGUGGUGUCGACCGAGGCAUGGAUCAAGACAAUGGAAUGGGAGGGGCUGGGGGAGUUUUUGGCGGCGGGGAGAAGGGUGUGGAUGACAAACAACGGGGAGGAGGUGGCUGGGUAUGUGCAGAAGUAUGGGAAUUUGACCCAUGUUGUGGUUUUGGCUGCUGGCCAUUUGGUGCCUGCUGAUCAAUCACUCAAUGCUCAAGCCAUGAUAGAGAAUUGGGUGUUGGAGAACAGGUUAUUCUCACAGUGAAAUGUUUUACUGAAGACGGGCUCCCAUUUGUAUCAGUGCAUUGAGUUUGGUCUAAAAGUAUGACUAGUGUUUUAUAGGACAGGUGUAACUUUUAUUACAUGCUGCACUUUAAGCAGUCUUUGUAUACAUAGUUGAAUAAACCAGCUUCCAAGGGAGUUUUACGCCCGGAAGUUGUAAUCUUAUGGUUUUUUUUGGCAUUAUAUUUUGAUCCUACGGCCCUACCCUAGCGGCUCCAUAUAUACCACCGGUACAGUGGAGUGCCGAGACUGAAUGCUGGGUUCGGCCAUCCCCUAAGUGGCAAGGACGAGGCGUGGGCUCAGUAUGA